ACAUCUUUUUAAACAUUGUUAAAACGCAUAUAAAUGUCGAAACAUGUAAAUUAAUAGACACAUAAAACAACAAUGCAUUGAGACAGAACAGAAAACUGAUGUGUAUCAUGUCAUCAAAUUAUUUACGCACAGUGUGUUAUUGUUUUGUUUUUUAAAACCGUGAGUUGAACCAUUAAGGUUGGUCACAUUUAGAACCAACUGAUAACCUUUUACCGAGACUCACAAAAGAUCCUUGUAAGGGUUCAAAGUGGAAAAACAUCAUGUGUUAAUUUUCCAUCUCCUAUUCGCGACUUUUUCCAUCUGUGAACAAAAGAGGCUUUUAGUAAUCAGCUCCUAAUCUGCUGAUAAACCCUUGGAAUCCUCCCCCCAAAUGUUCCAUCAGAAAGCCCAGACGUACUUUCGGGAUCAGGUGUCAAACCUAUUUCUCUGACGUUGGAGGAUCAUAUAUAAAAGUAGUAUGAAACUAUGUGGGCUUCAGUCACAGAUCAGCACUUGUGCUGCAGAUCUUCCCCGCCUGUUUGUUUCGUUUGGACCAAAAGAGGCGCUGUUGAGUUGCAUUUUGAAGUUUUUUUUGCCUGAAUUGAAAAUAUUUUCUCUCACACUUUCUCCAACUCUUGUCCCAACGCCUAAAGUUAAGAGCUUAGCCUGAGAGCAUAUAGAGACCAAGGAUCAGACCCGAAAUGGCUCAACAGCAGAUCUGGGAAGAAGGAGGCAUGUUAAUAAAUCCACUAAAAGCUGAAAGAGUCUCGAAAGGUUCAACCAUAUCUGCAUGCUUUAAUUUCAUCAACUCCAUAAUAGGAUCUGGAAUUAUUGGUUUACCAUAUGCAAUGAACCAGGCAGGUCUCCCAUUGGGAAUUAUUCUUUUGAUUGCUGUUGGAUUCGUCACAGACUACUCAAUUGUUCUGCUAAUCAGAGGAGGGAACCUUUCAGGGACAAGUAGUUAUCAGUCUCUGGUGCAAAACACAUUUGGGUUCCCUGGAUUUAUGAUCUUAUCUGCUCUGCAGUUUCUUUAUCCUUUCAUUGCCAUGGUCAGCUAUAACAUCACAGCUGGCGACACGCUGACAAAAGUGUUUUUAAGGAUACCAGGAGUUGGACCAGAUCACAUCCUAGCAGAACGUCACUUUGUGAUCCUCUUGUCGACCUUACUGUUCACUCUGCCACUGUCACUUUAUCGAAACAUAGAGAAACUUGGCAAGGUGUCCUUCCUGUCCAUGGUCCUGACUCUCAGCAUCCUCGUCAUUGCUGUCAUCAGAUCAGCCACACUCGGACCCCAAAUUGAGCCUACAGAGAAUGCAUGGUCAUUUGCAAAAUGGAAUGCCAUUCAGGCAGUUGGAGUCAUGUCUUUUGCUUUUAUCUGCCACCACAACAGCUUUCUGAUCUAUAACUCACUGGAGCAUCCCACGUUAUCAAACUGGUCUCGGGUCACCCACAUCUCCGUGGGCUCGUCUCUGGUCAUCAGUGCUGCGUUUGCCGUUGCAGGCUACACAACGUUCACUGGCUACACACAAGGUACAAAGCAAAAUGUGCUGAGUGCUAUUCCUCAAACAGAUUUCUGGGUUAUAAAUAAAUACGCCUUAUUUUUAUUUUUUUUUUACUUUUCAGGAGAUAUAUUUGAGAACUACUGCAGAGACGAUAACCUGGCAACAUUUGGCCGCUUCUGCUUUGGCUUCAGCAUAAUCACCACGUUUCCACUUGAGUGUUUUGUUACCAGAGAGGUGGUGUCCAAUGUCUUGUGCAGACGUGAUCUUUCAAAAGCUGAACAUGCAGCCAUAACCGUGCUCAUAGUUACAAUGUGCACAGCAAUAUCUCUGGCCUAUGACUGCCUGGGAAGAGUUUUGGAGCUAAAUGGGGCUCUGAGCGCCACCCCUCUGAUCUUCAUCCUCCCAUCUGCCUGCUUCCUCAAGCUCUCCCCCGGUCAUUUUUACCAAGGUGAAAACCUGAUUCCCACCUUGUUGAUAAUAGCCGGCCUGUUUGUCAUGAUCACUGGUCUGACCUCAACUUUAAUCAACCCUGACGACUGCUCACACGGUGUGGAGAUGUUCUACUGUGCAGAUGCUAACAUUACCAGCACAAUGACACCUGGAUAAAAGAAUUCAUUUGAUUAGAUUUUUUAUAUUACUGGCAAACCAGUGUUCUCAUCUGCUUUUGUGGACAUUUAUCAUGCUACAUUGUCGGAAUACGGGUCUUUUUGUGUUGUUUUGUAUGAUGUAACAGUUUGAGGGAGAUUCUUCCUUUAUAUUUAAAUAAAUCUGUAUAUUAUUUGAUGUUAAUAACCAUAAAACAGCAAAAUAUCACAGGGUGAAAUGCUGAAGGCAACCAUGAACUUGGUAGCCCACGUACCUUUGGUCUUCCUAAUGCUCUUGAGGCUAAUUGGAACCAAAGGUUUCCUACCAGAACAUCUUAUGCAGUAUUUUUUGGAAAGGGGAGCCGGAGAAGCAGCAUAUUAUUAUCCACAGUUUAAGAGAGAAAAAAAUCUUGAGCAAUCAGGUAUACUGGUGCAAGAUUUAGCUGUUGACAUACUUUGAGUCAUGUAUGAGAUUAAUUGCAGAAGGGGAUUGGCUUGUUUUCCCCUCAGAUUUGUACUUACAGCACAGGGUUUGAGUUAAACGAGUAAACAAAGAAGUGCACACAGGAAAGAGAACUUUAUUGCAUCAAUAUGAACAUGUGUAAAAGCAGCAUGUGUGUGUAACUGGAUGCAGAUGAAAAAAAACUUUUAAAAUGGGCUACAAUUUACAGCAUUCACCAUUUUUUAUUCAAAGUCUUUGUUCCUUUUAUAUUUUUUUAUGCAUAAGUUUCAUACUGAUGAAGUUUAAGAGGAAAAUCAAUAAAACACCCUAAAA